AAUAUCUUUCACCGCAUUUCGGCGUUGGCGAUGAAAAGAGGGAGUUCAUUGUGGUAACCCUAAUUCUGAGUCUCAAUGUGCGGUGUGCAGGAGUGGUGUUGUGAUCUAUGAUAUUAAAUUUACGACGAAAUAUCAUUACGACAAGGAUUUUAAAAAAACUUUUCGAAGCCUUGGACAUAAGUUAGCUUUAUUCGAUAUCUUUUUAUCCUAAACUUUGUACAGUUUCUCUUAGUAAUGGCCGAGGAGAAGGGCGAUGAAGAGAAAAAAACCUCUUCAGAUGAAAAAAAGAAUGCUCAAGAUAAUGAAACUAGCUCUUCUCAAAGUUCACCUAAAGGCAGACGUAUGUCUCAAUCCAGUAAAGGCAAACCGGGAGUUAGUAAGGUUCGAUUGCUAGAUGGAACGGACUAUGAAACAGAAAUCGAUAGAGCCAGCAAGGGAGGUUACUUAUUUGAUAAAAUGUGUGAUCAAUUGAACAUCAUGGAAAAAGAUUAUUUUGGCUUAACUUUUCGAGACAACGAAGACGCAAGGAAUUGGAUUAAUUUUGACAAACGAAUAAGCAAACAAAUGAAAAAUCUUCCUUGGGUAUUUUCUUUUGAAGUAAAGUUUUAUCCUCCAGACCCUGCUCAACUACAAGAAGAUAUAACUAGGUAUAUGUUGUGCCUACAAAUAAGAAAUGAUAUACUUUGUGGAAAGUUACCCUGUUCUUUUGUAACACAUGCUCUCUUAGGCUCUUAUUUAGUGCAGUCUGAAUUAGGUGAUUAUGAUCCAGAUGAGCAUGUGAAUAAUUAUUUAUCAGAGUUCCAUUUUGCUCCUAACCAAACACCAGAACUCGAGGAAAAAGUAGUGGAAUUACAUAAACAACAUAAGGGUCAAACUCCCGCUGAAGCAGAAUUGCAUUAUUUAGAAAAUGCUAAGAAAUUAGCCAUGUAUGGAGUAGAUUUACAUCAAGCAAAGGAUUCUGAAGGCAUUGAUAUCAUGCUCGGUGUUUCUGCAUCAGGUUUACUAGUUUAUAGAGACCGUCUUCGUAUAAAUAGGUUUGCAUGGCCAAAAAUCUUGAAGAUAUCUUACAAGAGAAACAAUUUUUAUAUAAAAAUACGACCUGGAGAAUUUGAGCAGUUUGAAAGUACAAUUGGUUUUAAGCUUCAAAACCACAAAGCAGCAAAAAGGUUAUGGAAAGUUUGUGUGGAGCAUCACACAUUUUUCAGGUUGAAGACACCUGAAGUGCCCCCUAAGCCAAAGCUCUUUUUGCCUAGGUUUGGUUCUAAAUUCCGAUAUUCUGGUAGGACUCAAUAUCAAACAAGACAAGCGAGUGCAUUGAUUGAGCGACCACCACCACACUUUGAACGAACCCUAAGCAACAAACGCUUUGCCUCUAGGAGCAUGGAUGGCGCCCCAGGCUACUCUAGAGAGCGCCCCUCUCCUACACAAAGACCAGACGAAAGCAAGCGCCACACUCUUUCAGGUCCUCCCAGCAGCAGAGGCUACCCCAGCGAUGAGAAGAUAGACGAGACUGCUUCAUCCCUCACCAACACUCCGGAAGAAAGUUCCCGAUCCGAAAAGAUUAAAGAAGUGGAAGUGGAAAGAAAAAGCAAGAAACCUAUUGGAGGUGUUGCUGUAAUGUUACCAAUGGAUUUGCCGAAACCUAGAGGAAAAUCUCCGAUACCACCUGAAGUUCCGGAAAAGCCAGAGAGGACAGAAGUGAAAACUUUAACUCAAGAGCCUUAUAAAAAAGCGGUUGUGGAAGAGACUAAUAGUCAACUGCCUGCAUCUCCCCCUCAUGAUAAAAAUAAAUUCAGCGAUCAGCAGACACCUCAAAACACUAAACACGAUCCUCAACGACCCACGUCACUUUUCACUGGCAAGCCAACUCCUUAUACCAAGGAAUAUAUUUAUGAAGUUAAUUCCAGUGAGCAAAAAACGCCUUUUAGUCCUGCUGAACAUGGAUUCUCAUACGAGAAAGAUAGCCAGAAAUUCGGAAAUGUAUCUCCGGUACCUGCUGAAACUAUGAUGCUGGACAAUUCUCCGGGUAGUAAGCGCGCCAAAGGUUUAGCUUUCACUUAUGCUCCUCCUGAAACUGAUAAAGAUCACUCCCAGAAUGAAGUUGUUCUUUCGCAGCAAGUCCUGGUGGAAGAUAACAGGCUUCAGGACAUCUCAUCGGAGUGGAACGACACGACCAUUGACGAGUCGCUGAAAUGGGAUGAUUCCAAAGAUGAAGACAUUAUCAGGAAUAAAGAAAACUUGGAGAUAAUUCCUAAGACUGAUCAAAAGCAGAAACUUUCGUUAUCCAUGUUUAAAAAAGAAAAGUCUAAAAAACCUGAGGAAAAGAAAGUGAAGGAUAAAAAGGCAGAAAAAGAAGAUAAGGUGAAAAAGCGAGAAAAAGAUAAAAAAUCUGGGAAAGCGAGUAGAAGUUCGAGUGAAAGUAUUCCAAAUAAGAGGGAUUCUGCAGUUGAAGCUGAUUUGCAAGUUGAUGAAAUAGUUGUGGAGAAUAUCAAAGAAAUCUCCAGCAAAGAAGGGGCUGAAGACCCGUUGACCCCUGAGAAUGAAGAAAAAGCAGUUAAAGAUGUUUUAGAGAAAGAAAAAGAGAGUAAGCUCAGAUUAUCUUUCAAAAAAAGCAAGUCCAAAGAAUCUGUGAAAGACACUGACAAAAAAUUGAAAGAUGACGAAAAGAGAAAGAAAGAGGCUGAGAAAAAACAGAAGGAAAAGGAAGCAAAAGAGGAAGAACUAAGAAGAAAACAAAAGGAGAAAGAGGAGAAGGAAGAAGCCAAACGAAAGGCAAAAGAAGAUAAGAAAUUAAAAGAAAAGGAAGAAAAAGAGAAGAAAGCCAAAGAAAAAUUGGAAAAAAAGAAUAAAUCUGACAGUAAAUUGGACAAAAAAGCAAAAGAAGUUGCUGUUUCUGAAGUAGAAAGGAAAUCUCCUGAGCCACAAGAAUCUUCAUCCACAGUCAAUGAGAGCAAAAUCACAGAAGAGAUAAAAGAGAAGGAUGGUAAAAGUAAAAGCAAAGAGAGCCUAAAAGACUCAAAAUCAAAGAAAACAAAGCUCUCUCUGUCCAAUAUCAUGAAAAAGAAGUCAAAGAAAGAAGGAGAUAAUACAUCUACUUCUAGUAGUUCUUCAGAAGAAAUGGACAAGGAAUAUGCCAGGGAUGUGUCUGCUGAAAAUGUAGGCAUUCCAGAAGGACUUGUAACUUCCACUCCAAAUCGUUCUCUGAAAGGUGCAGUUGGUACUUUUCCAGCUGAUACCUCUAAAGAUGUUUCAUUUAGUUCAGAAACGGCUGUUCUAGAACUUGAAGGGUCUCCCUAUUCCAGCCCAAGAAGUAGCAAAGAGAAACCAACCACUCAGGGUGAUAUCAAGCAACCGAAGCCAUCAGUAGAGGCUGAAGGAUGGAAAGGACCAACCAUAGUGACUGAAUCAUCCAGUACUGCCUCUAGUUCAGUCACGACAACCUCAAGUAAACAAAUAUCUGGCACAGAAGUUACAAAAUCUCCUGACAAAGCAAUUGUGCACACAAAAUCCUCUAAAACAAGUGUGAAUCAAGAAAAGAAUGUAACUCAACAGGUUACAAAAAGUACAAGAGUAAUGACUGGUACAUUAGAUGAUGUUCAGUCUGCCAUCGUGAAGACUGAAGCAUUCAAAUAUGAUCCUAGCUCCGUUAAUAAUGCUCAGCACAGUACGACUUCUGUCCCUCUGGUUGCUACAGAGAUGAGGAAAGUCAAUUUCCCUGUGCCUCCCCCACCUCAAUUCAGUAAUGAACCUGAACCUUUGGCUGAAGAUGGUGAAAUAGUCAGCUCUUCUACAAUAUCUAGUAAAACAAAAACCAUCGAAACAAUAACAUAUAAAAUGGAGCAUGAUGGUGUUGUGGAAACUAGAGUGGAGCAGAAAAUAACCAUCCAGAGUGAUGGUGAGCCCAUAGAUCAUGACAGAGCUCUAACUGAAGCAAUACAGGAAGCCACCAUGAUGAAUCCUAACAUGACAGUGGAAAAAAUAGAAAUACAACAACAAUCUAGCUCUCAAUGAUUCUUAGAUCGCUCUGCACAACUACUUUUCUGAGAACAACUGCUUUGCUCCAAUUCAAAGUCGCAAGGGGGAUAAAACUACUCAAUGGCAGUUCUCCUUAAAAGGCAAAUUGAGUCAGAUCUAAUUUGUGACGCUUACUGUGAUUGGGGAUAUAUUAUCUGUGUUGUUUCCUUAUUGUACAUAGAACAUUUUUUCCUUUUAAAACCACCUGAUGAUAUAAAGAACAGAAUUCCAGGUGUUGGCUAUAAAAAUGACACAAGCAAUCAAAACUGCCAAUCCUUUUGUACAGAAAAAGCAAAAGAGGAUGGGGGAUAUUUUAUACAUUUCUUGUCACUUUUUUAAUGAUUCCUUUGAAUCAAAAUAAGAUGUGUUCAUCUAUAGUUAAGGAUAUUUGGUGCCCUAAGAGAGUUCUCAUUUUGACUUGUUGAGGGAAAAAAUAGGACUGUUUAAAAAUUUUAUAUUUAUAAUUUGUGGGUGAUGUUUUAAUUAUUUUAGUUUUUUUUUUCAGUGUUGAAUAUUUUUAAAAGAAAAAGUAAUGAUUUAGUAUAUCUUUCAUUUAUGAAAAAUAAUAUUUUAAAUAAAAAUUUUACUAUUGUCGAAAACAUUUCUCAUAAUUAUUUUUUUUUAAUUGUCAAUCAGAAGUUUAAUGAAAUUAUGUUUUAAACUAUUAAAUGAAGAAAAAGUUUUUACCUUAUGUUUCAAAUAUUUCUCAAUAUUUUUCAAAUAUUUCUCAAUUAAGUCAAUAUCUUUUGUUGCUUUUAUGUCUAGAACUCCUUAUUUAUCCAAUUAUAAUAGACAAAAGUUAUAAGCUUAAUUCUUAUAUAAGUCUUUUUAAAUUCUUAGGGUACCAAGUUCUUAAUGAAAACAUUAAAAACGAGUCCUCACUUCAAAAAAAAUAUUUGUUUGAAUUAUGUGUUUUAAUGAGUACAUGUUGUAUGUUUUAUUUAUGUGUUCUAUAUAUUAAUUGUCAUUACAAUAUUACUCGUUUACUGUUUUUCCAAUUGAAACGUCAUUAGCUUGUCCUAAAACCUGAUGAUUCUUUUGAAAAUAUAUGGUGAAAUCACAGAAAUGUGGUAUUCUGCAAAGGAUUGGAAGAUUUUUUUGUUUGUUCUGUUAUUCUGUUUGAAAAGUCGAAAUUAUUUCUUUUACAUACUAGAGGCAUAUUUCAGUAUGCUAUUUUUUUAUUUUUUGAUUGGUGGUAUUUAAAUUUUUAUAUUGAUUAUUUUUAGAAGACUAUUUCAAAAAAUUAGUUUUACUUUUUUUCAAAUUAAUUAUUGAGCUUAUAAAUGUUUAUGUUUGAAAUUAUAAAUUUUUAUUUUUUAGAUUUUAUAAAUUGGAUUUCUUGAUCUCAGAAGUCUUAGAAAUUUUAGUUUUAUAUUACUAAGUUUUUCUUUUAAAAGGUGAAAUAACUAAUCCUAAAAAUUGAAUCAAAACUAAAAUUACUAUAUUAUAAAAUAAAAAAAAUCACUUUGUGAGAUUCUGUUUUUAGCAUACUUGCUAUUUUUAAUGUCUUAAAACUCUUGUGCUAUAUUUGUACAAUCCAGUAGGUUUCUUUCAAAUUUCUCUUUCUAAUUGUACUAGAUGUUAAGUAAUUUUAAAUUUUUAUGUUAAUUUUUUUUUAAAUAUUUGGUAAUGGGCAGCUUAAAUAUUCUGUCCAUAAAUUGUUUAAUUUUAUGGUUGUAACAUAAUUUUAAACCUCUUUUCAAUGAAAUGAAUGUCUCAUUGUUGACAUGUUUGUUAAAAAAACAAAACAAUGUAUUUUAAAUUUUUUUUAUUAAUGUAAUUUUAUUGGUGAAAUUUAUAUUAAAAUUAAAACUUAGUGUUGUGGUUUUUCGAGAAAUUAGUCUUAUCCAAAUGAAGAAAGGGUUAAUAAGCUGCAUUUGAAUAAAGCUAAUACAAUGUUAAAAGUGUACAUUGGUUAUGAGGAGCUUAGCCACUGACCUAAAUUUCUGGAAAUCAUUUCACAUUUUUAAAAAUUCUAAUAACUUAAUUUGACUGUUUCUUGUAUUCCAUUCUUUUCAAAUGGUCCUAUUCUUUCCUAUUGGUCAGUUUCUUUAUUUAUCCUUAGUGAUGCGUUUGUAUUUUCUUCUGCACCCUUGUUUCCCUUUUUUCAUACUGUGUUUUAACACUGAAGAAAACAAUGCUUCACUAUAUUACUAAAAUGAUCAUGCAUGCAUCACAUUAUUUGUACUCUUUUCAUAAUGUUUUAGCUUUAUUCGAAUAAGUCUUAUAUUAAUCAUUCUUCAGUUUUUAAAAUUGUUCUUAAAUGGCAGUAAUCUUACAACUGUUCGCAAAUAUUUCUUGAAAACAGCAUCUAAUGUGCAUUCUUAUUAGUAUUAAAUGAUUUAAACUUUUUUUUUUGUGGUUGGAGUUUUAAAUUUUCUUAGUUUAACUCUAAGUUUGCUGCAAUUUUAUGCAUUUAUAUGUUUUUGUAUAUUACACAUGUCAUUCGGUUUUAUUACUAAAUAAUGUUUACCUUAUUUUAUGUAUCUUUAUUCUAAGAUAUGUUCAUCUGGUAAAAAGAUAUCAACUUUAUACAUUUAAAUUUUUUUUUAUCACAUGUGCCUAUGUGACUUAUAAAAAUUACUGAAAAAAAAGAGCUACCUUAAUGUAAAAUAAUCUGUUUAGGAUGUGAAUUGUAUAGAUGAUCUUUGUUGGAUCAUGGUUAAAAUUGUUAAAUUUAUCUAAAUAAAAGCAUUUCAAAAUAUAAACUUAUUUAAUUAUAGAUAAAGCUAUAUGAAUAUAUUUAUACGUGUUGUUGAAAUAAUAUUAAGUAUGUGAUUGUAAACUUUCUUUUGGGUUCGGGAAGAGGGAUAGUAACCAUUUUAAAACAUAGUGCCUUUAAUUUAUUUUAAAAUUAGUGCAAAUCCAAUUAUCUUAAAAUUAUCUAUAAAUUUUUUUUUGGAAUUUGGGGAAGAAAGUAUGUGCAUAACUUAAAUUUACUGAUUCUUUGUGUGUAAUGUCAAUUUAUAAAAUUAUGUUCCUGUUUAAUUUUCAUAGCUGUUCUGAAAUCAUAAGUAUUGAUACAUAUAUAUGUUCCCAUCUCCUAUACUCUAUUGUACAAAAUGGUAAACUUAAAAGACUGAAAAUUUGCUCAGAAUUAUAGAUUUUUCAUUUAGUCACCCAGUAAAAUGUGUGAUAUGUAAAAUGUUUAAUAGUCUAUAUGUUUCAUUGGAAUUAGAUGUUGAAAGCAGCUUUUUUUUAAAACAAAAAUACUUUUGUCUGUAUAUUUUGUGCUCUGUUAAUCAUAACAGUAUUUUUAAUUUUUGUUGAACUUACCAUGCCCAAAAACAUGCUGCUAUAAGUUUUUUUUAAUGCACAUAGAACUAUUAAAAAUCGUUUAAAAAACUAAUGUUCUUUUUUUACAGCUAACAAACUAGUCAUUUAGACACUUGUGGGGGUAAUCCAUAUUAUUAUUUUGACAUAUACUUAAAACAAUAAAGUCAGAGCAUUUAGAUAUAAAAUGUAGUUAAAUUUACCAUAAUAAAACCAACUUGUAAUUUUUCGGUA